UUCGAAGCUCGAGCCAAGACCCACCUCCUCUGUAACCCAAAAGUCUCCCGCGAAGCAAAACAGUCCAUUUUUAGCACACAACUCCGAUCACCGUCGUCCACGGUCUAAUUCAACGGUCACUAUCCACCGUCUCUGCCUAUGAGUACUCCAGCAGUCCCGGGGGGGCCUGGCUUGUUUACUGGAUUCACGAAGCUAUGCAAGGGCUUAGCUGUGGUGCUGGUUGGCGGGCAUAUCUUGGUUCAGGUUUUUCCUGCGGUUGUUAGUUAUCUCGCUCUUAUUCCAGCCAGGACUAUUCCUUUUGCUUGGAAUCUCAUAACUGCUGGUUAUGUUGAACAGACAGUAUAUGGGGUUAUUGUCAGCACAGUUGGUCUCCUUUUUGUUGGGAAGCUGCUUGAACCCAUCUGGGGCUCUAGAGAAUUUUUGAAAUUCAUCUUUGUAGUCAAUUUUAUAACUUCUUUAUGUGUCUUUAUCACAGCAAUUGCCCUAUACUAUAUUACACAGGAGGAAAGUUAUCUUUAUCUGCCUGUAUCUGGUUUCUAUGGGAUUCUAGCUGGGUUCUUGGUUGGAAUCAAACAAAUCAUACCUGAUCAAGAGUUGCCAUUAUUGAAACUGAGAACUAAGUGGUUGCCAUCUCUAGCUGUAUUAGUAUCCAUUGCUGUAAGCUGUUGGACAACAGGGGCAGCAACGUAUCUUCCAACAAUAAUAUUUGGAACAUACAUCAGCUGGAUUUAUCUGAGAUACUGGCAGAGGAAACCUGAAACAAAACUGAAAGGCGAUCCAAGUGAUGAUUUUGCAUUCUCUUCAUUCUUCCCUGAGCUCCUACGGCCAGUCAUUGAUCCAGUUUCAUCAAUAUUUCAUCGUCUGCUUUGUGGAAGAUCUGAAUCCUCUAACGAUUCCGAGGACUAUACUGCUGCAGGUGCCCCGCUGCCCGGUUCAGACCCCAUUGAGGCAUCUCGACGGAGAGAAAGGGGAGCUAGAGCUUUGGAAGAAAGACUGGCAGCUGAGAGAUUGGCUGCAGCCAGAAGUGGCCAAGAGUCGGGAAGAGAUGCAACAGAGAAUGUUUGAUAACAUAAUCAUAUAUAAGCUGGCGUUCAUCUGAUGAUCAACUACUUGGGGGGACUGUGCAGUAUAUCAAGAGGUCCUCUUUUCUUUAUUCUGUGAUGCAAUUUUGUUUUGCACAUUCCUUAUGAGUUACAAAAAUGUUGCUUCAUUUGUGCCCUUUGCAGCAUUAUUGUGGAUUUAUUUGUAUACAGCCCAAGAUAUAUAGAGUCCAAUUUCCUCCCAAGUUUCUC